UCUGCGAGCAGAGUUUGAAGAGGGAAAGAAAAUGGUUCUCAAAGAUUUAUAAAAUUGUAUAUUAAAUAAGGGAAUGAAUGAUGUAGCCUACGUACACUGACAGAAGACAAUCAAAUUUGGUUUUUGGGUUGUUAAAAAAAUUCUUUUAGGAUUAACUUCUUUCGUUUUUAGGAUGCUGGAGAAGUUAGACAUCAGAAUUUUGCUUUUAAUUCUUUCAUUGCUAACAAACAUCAAGAGUACAAAGAUGUUGUCAGGACAGAAAAAGUGUGGUGAUCCAGAAUGCGAAACCUCAAUGAGCAGAGUGCUUACCAUUAAAGACUAUAUAGGGCCUGACUGCCGCUAUCUGAACUUCAAAAUUGGGGAAGAGAUAAUGGUAUACUUCAAACUUUCCAGGAAGAGGGAGGAUUUGUGGGCAGGAAGUAAAGGUACAGAUUUUGGAUAUUUCCCAAUGGAUGCUGUCAAGACUGAAGACGUUUUUAUUACAAAAGAAGUAGAAGUGCCAACGAAGGAAACGGAUUUCCUUUGUUUUGAUGGAGGGGAAUACGUCUUUGAAAAUGAGGACAGCAUACUUAAUCAUCAUGACAAAGAAAAUGAAGAUAUGUUUCUACAAAGAGAUGAAAAAGACUCAGAAUUUAAAAUUCCUGAAGAUGAGGUCCUAAAACCGACAGGUAUUUCUUUGCCAAAGGAAUAUAAAAAACCAUUUCUUGACAAUUAUGAAUUUGACAGCAAAUCCAAAGACCUGAAUAAUCUGGAAGUUACAAGCUAUGGUGAUUCAGAAACUGGAGAUGGCAAGACUGUACAAGGUGAGACUAUUGAGCAAGAAGACCAAAUUAGUCAGUCUCUGAAACCAGCUCCAGCUAAGCCUACCUGGAUUAUUUCUGGUAUUGCAGGUUGGUUUGGUUUGGAAAGCAAAGAAAAUGAGGAGGCAGCUAGCAAAAUCUCACAGACUACAGAAGAAAUUACAUUCAGGCGCAGAAAAAUAGCAAUAUCUGAUGACAGUGACUUUAAAAAACUAAAUGAAGAGGGUGAAAUUGAGACAGCAACCUCUGGCUGGUUUCAAAGUACUGUGACAGAUUUGCUGCAUUUUGGAGGUGAAAAAUCAGGACUUGAUUUGCUGUACAAGGAAGAUUAUCCCGAAAUCCAUGACAGCUCCAUCACUGCUAGGAAUGCUGACCGUCAUGGCAGUACUACAUUAUCAGAAACGAGAAAAGAAGGGGAAAGUGAUCCUGAACAACCUAAAUCAAGUUGGUUUGAUCUGGAGUUAAGUGAUGUUUUAACUUUUGGGUAUGCUAAAGACAAUCAAAUCAAAGAAAAGUUUGCAGGCGGAGAAGCAGCAGAUCAAAAUGAAGAACCGUCACCUCCAAGUGCACAGUCAACUUUAAUGGAUGAAGGCUUGAGAAAACAAGCAGAUGAAUCAAUGCUCCAUGAAGAACUAGAGAAAUAUGAUAAAAGAACUCCAAAGCAAAUAGUUAAAUCAACAUUUCACAAAGAACAACACAAAGAAAAUUAUGAUCAAGAAACCCCAGGCACAGUUGUUGAAAAAACAAAGGAACAUACAGAUUUAGAUGCAGCAGUUUCCUCUUUCUCCGCUGAGCAUGUUGAUGAAAUACUCAAGUCUUCCUAUGCAGAACAGGAUUCAGUAUCAGGCAAUAAAGUUAUGGAAAAUGGUAACAUUAAAGCUAUAACGAAGGAGUCAGAAAGAACAAAUGGCCAGUCAGGUUGGUAUGAAAGUGUGUAUAGUAGCAUAAUUGAUUUUAAUAGGGUCUCAUCAGAUAAUCAACCAGGGCAUGAGUCUGUAGCUAUUCAGGGUUCACAGGAAACAGUUGUAGAUCAGCUUCUACCUUCUGAUAGUAUAGGUCAAGGUUUUGAUCCAACAGAUAUCCAAACUACAAGGGAAGAGAACCAGGGGAGUCCUCAGUCUUUCUUUUCUAUUAGUUAUUUUACAAAUGUACUGAAUUUUCAGGGCUUCAUAUCUAAAGGAAACACAAAUGUACAAGAUACACAAAAGGAUGUAAAGUCUAGAGAGGAAACCAUCCAGUCUAAAAAGGGUGAUGAAAUAUUACACAUAGAUAAAGAAAGUAAAGAACAGUUGCUACUAAAUCAAAAUGUUAUUGAAAAGGUGUCAGAAAACAGGUAUGUUGAUUCUUCACAGGAAAAUGUCUUGCUGUCUUCUUUAGCAGCAAAAAGUAAUGAAGGAAGUAGGGAAACAAUUAAGGAUAGUGAAUUAGCCAAAGAUAAUACACCACAUAUUCCAUCAGUAAAAUCUAAAUUAGAACAGAGACACUCUUAUGAUCAGUUUAUACAAAUAACAAAGUAUGGAAAACCUAAGGUCAGUAUCUCAGAGCAUUUGGAAAUAAAAGGUCAUUCCCAGAUAGAAGAUAAAAAUAUUGUGUAUAUUCUGAAGACCAAACAACCUGCACCUUUAGAGCCAGUUGAUUCAAUAGAACAAAAAGAUUAUACUAGUGAAGACAUCUAUUCCCAUGAGAAACCUGAACCAUACGAUGAGAAAGUUGGACUAAAUAAGAUAGAACAAGUAAAGAAUUCACUUUUGCAGUCCUCAGAAAUGUAUCUAGAGAGGAAAUCAAAAGUAGAAAUGACUGAAAGAAUAGAAGAUGAAGAAGACGGAAAUAACCUGGUAACACAUAAAAAAGUAUUGAAAGAACAUUCAGAUAAUUUUUCACAAUCAAGGGACAAUCCAGGUGAAGAUGAAAUCAUUCUUGAUGAAUCAGAUGAAAAUAAUCCAGUUAUACAGGGGACCAGAGAACAAAUGUUAUCAGAAGAGUCCCAGAUAAUGGAAAACAAUGUAGUAGAAGAAAUGGGUAGGAAGCCCGAUGGCAAAAAUAGCCAGGUAGAUUUUAAUAAGUAUUCCUCCACUAAUACAGACAUUAAAGCAAAUGUGUUUUGUAAUCAAAGAGAGGAGGAAGGAGGAGUUUCUCCACAUGCCCAGAAUGCAGAUCACUUCCCAUUUCCUUCCAGUUACUCUCAAGAUAUAGAUUUAACAUCAACCUGGGCCAUGCUGGCUGGGGACUAUGGAACACAUAUGGAAGCUACCAAUUUGGGGAAGGCUGAUUUAAAGGAUGCCACUAAUUCUGAAGAAAAGCCCAAAACAUUUGAAAAUCCUCAGUGCCUCCCUCCCUUUAGCCACUAUAAAUAUCUGCUUAGCUUUCAAAGUUUUGCAGACAAAAGUAAGAAUUAUUUCCAAAGAAUGAACUCCAAGUAUGAAAACAGCCAGUCUAAAAGUAGUGUUGAAUUACUACUGAGAAACAAAGAGGUAGGAGAGAAAAAACAAUCUCAACUGAAAAAGGACAAAGAAGAAACCGUGAAGGAAGUUUUUCCUGACAAAGAUAUUUUGUUACCUUCAUCAGCAAUGCAAAACAACACAGAAGGUGAAAAUGUAAUAAAAGAUGUUCAGUUACUAACAAAUAUGUAUCUGGCGUCAUCUGAAGAAUAUUCACCAGAGCACAUAAUAGAUUCCUUGUUCAAUAAUCAAAAGCUCAAGGAAAAAUGUACUGAGAACAAAGAAGAAUUUACUAAAACAAAAGAUAACAAAUCAUUUUUAUGGGAACAACAACAUAAAGCACCAGAUUUAAAAUUUAAUGUACAAAGGUCAUCACAACAAUACAAGACUAUUAAGAGAGAUUCCAGAUCUAGCAAACAGAAUGGUAAUAUCAAAAAACGUUUAAUCGCAAAGGUUUUAGAUGGGAGUAGUCAUACAUCGGUCACAGGUUACACUGAUGUUAUGAAGAGAGUUCACAUUUCAGAUUCAUUGUGUUGUUUGCAAAUGCCUUCAGAAAAACAUAUAAACAAUGUUAUAGAGGAAGAUGAUGUUAUAAAUUCUUAUGAAGAAAAUGAAAUUGCUGAUGUGAAAAGUAUAAAAAGUAUUUCACCUGAUGCCAUCAAAUAUUAUUUUCCUAUAAAUAAUGAAGAUGAGUUGAACAAAGGUGUAAUCACUAAAGAAGAUAUGAAACUGUUUUCUCAAAAAAGAACAAAAGAACAAAUGCAUUUUUCACAGCACGUCUCAGAACCUAGUCAGGGGAAACAAGGAUGUGAUAAUCAAGAUACAGAAAAUGAUUCAAACAAACAAACAAAAGAAAAGGUUGCAAAUAUAUUAAAAAAACAAGAACUGUCACCAGUGGCUGCAUCUCAGGAAGUGUUUCAAAGUGAAAAGGAUUUUUCUGGGCCUACCAGACAUGAUUCUUUCACCUAUGAUAUGCAAAUAAAAGACUCUCAGGACCCACAAGGUGAACAAAACACUGAAGAAGAACACCAUUCAAAAACAAGUGAAGAACAUUUUGAUAAGGCUCAAGUUAGUGAUUCUUCAUUAACAGCAAAGUUUAUUUAUGAUGAUGGUCUGCAAGAACAAACUAUCUUAUCUUAUCCCAGUUCUGGCACUUUUUCUAAGAAAAGUACGUAUUCACCUCAAAUGCUUGCAAGUUUGACAUGUCAGAAGGAAGAUAAACAAGAGUUAAGAAGUGAACAUGAAAUCUCAUCUUCCCAACCUGAGUUCUCCGAGGGUAAGGACAGCAAUAUCAUAAACUUAGGGCCUGAAAAAAAGUGUAGAAAUCAGAUGGUACAAGGUAUAAAAAAACAUUUAAAAGCUGAUUUAGAAAUCGAGAGAUCUAGAAACUCAGUUCAGCAUAAACAAAUAGAUUGCAUUCUAAAUACUGAAGAUACUAAAUCUGAAUAUCAGCAGACAAUAGUGUAUGGAACACCAAAAUCACCUGAAUUAACAUCUCAUGAAAGAAGUGAAGAUAGUUUAGAGAAAACUACCUAUAAUAGUGUACUUCAGAAUCAGCACGGUGUAGUUGAAAAUACUCCUGGUGAAAAUUCAACACUGCACCUAGAAGUGCAAAGUAACAUAUUAGAUGCUGAUCAUAAUGUUAGUCCUAGCAAACUUUUUUCACAUGAUAUUCCCCAUCAUCUUGAGGCUGUGGAUCUUCAUAUGGAUCACAUACCUCCACAUACUAAAGAUGGCUUGGACACACACCAUUUAGCUAUGGAUUCCAAUGAUGAAACAUUUGCACAAGACGGAAUUACUCUUCUGCCCAAAAAACUAAAUUAUGUGGGGAAAAUAGCUUAUUUGGGGCAUGCAAGUGAUAGCCGAGAAAGAGGCCCAAAAGGUCUAGAAAGUGAGAAAGAAACAGAACAGAAGAACAUGGAUGGCAGAAAGGACACAACAGGGGAAGGAGGUGUUGAGAGUAAUAUUUUUGGUGAAACAGGGUUUCUUGGAGAGUUACUUCAAACUACAAAAGAUAAAGAUAAUCAAAAUAUUAUUGUAAACCAGAUUAAGAUCAAGAGGUGGGAGGAGGUUGUAGUGGGAAGUGAAUCUGAACAAGACAAAAGUGAAGUUCAGAGCACAAAAGCUAUUCAUUAUUUAGAUAACAUUAAAAUGAUGGAACAAGAGUCUCAAGGGGAAACAUACAGCCACACCGAGGAAAAAUCUAUUACUUCAGACUCAAGAAAUUACAACCAAAAAGAUGACACACCUGUCAUUCAUAAGGCAGAGUCUGUUUUCCAUGAAACAGUUCAAAAUGGGAAAUUGAUAACUGAUACAGAGUUCGACUUGAAAGAAACCAGUGGCUUCAGAGGAUUCCAGGAACAUUAUUUAAAGCUAGUUGAAGAACCAAGAUGGAUUCUACAAGCAAAUAUGUGUGAAAGACAUGAGCUGCAGCAACUGGAGCACAAGUUUGAAAAGCUUCACCAUGACAUCACCACUUUUUCAUGUGAAGACAUUUACAAGGAAAGGAAGCAAGCGGCCACUUCAGUGGAACAUGCCAAUAAAUUAAAUAUUGGGCGAGAGAAGUGUUUGACGGAGAAAAUGAAUUUACUGCCAGAGCUACAAGGUCUUAUGAUGGACAUCAGAAACAUGUGUGAAGUUCAAAAGGCAGAAUCAGGUAUAACCAAUCAAAGAAAAUUACCUGACAAUGCUCCCAAAGAAAAACUUCCUUUGAAUUCAGAUAAGGAACUUAACAGUGGCCAACAUUCAGAAACAAACAAUAUGCUUCCAGUAAAUAUUGAGGGGGAAAUACGCACACCAGUGAAAAAUGGUCAACAUCAGCUGGCUUUGAAAGAAAAAUUAACAAGGAACAAUCUAAUGACUCAAAACUAUACUAUCAGUGAUGAAAGAGAGUGGCUACUUCAGAUAAUCCUUCAUUUGAAUGACUUCUGUACCCUUAUAACAUCUGGAUUUGCAGCAAUAACAUCUACUACUAUAAAGGUUGUUGCAGCGUUGCCUGAAAAUAUGAGACCUGGUCCAGAUCUCUAUGGCUUUCCGUGGGAAAUGGUGAUUUGUGGUGCUGUUAUUGCCAUUUUUACUGUCUUACUGCUAAUAUAUAGGAGCUAUCAGUCAAUUAGAAGUAGACUUUAUGUAGGAAGAGAGAAACAGCUUGCCAGUAAAGUUGCUGAACUAGUUGAAGACAAAAGUAAAGUAUUGGAGAAACUCAGCCUCUGCAAAAAAGAGUAUGAAGAGUUAGAAAGUUCCCUGAAAGAUAACAGUUUUCUGCAAGGGUCAACCACUAUAUCAGACAUCAAGACAGCAUAUGAAGAACUGAGCAACUCAAACUCUGAACUCAAGAAUGAAAUAGAAUGUUUAGAAGAAGAACUGAAAGAAGAGAAGUCUAAACGAUCAGAACAGGAUGAUUUGAUGGCUGAAAUACAGAAGAAAAUGGAGUCUUUAGAGAAUGAAGCAAAAUCUAUCCAAUUGCAAGUAGCUGAAACCAAAACUACAUUAAAAGUAUAUGAGAUUAACAGACAGAGACUGAAGACAUCUGUGCAAGAUGCACUAGAGGAAAACAGCCACCUUCACGAAAGUGAAAAACAGCUCUUGCAAGAAGCUGAAGGAUGGGAUGAACGCUUUAGUGAACUAAAUGAACAAAGAAAGUUAUUUGAAUCCUCUAAAGCAGAUAUGGAGGAAGCUCUUAAAAACAAGGAGAGUCAAGUCAAGUCCCUGACUGAGUGCUUGUUGAAGAUGAAAGACUGGAACUGUGCCUUAGGGGAGAAUGCUGCUUCUGAAAACAACCACUGGGAUAAUGAUGUCAAGAGUGAAACAGAAAAUGGGGAACACUUAGACGAUGAGGAAAAACGAACUGUAAGGAAGCUGAUUUAUGCUGCGAAGCUAAAUGCUUGUUUAAAAUCCUUGGAAACGGAAAGAAAUCAAAUAUAUUCAAAGCUAACUGAUGAAAACAAAGCAAAAGAAGAACUUGCAGAACGCAUUGAAAGUCUACAAAAGGAACACCUCAUGUUGCAGUCUGAAAAUACAAACUUUGAAAGUGAAGUUCAAAAGCUUCAGCAAAAGCUUAAAGUCAUGACAGAGCUUUAUCAAGAAAAUGAAAUGAAUCUUCACAGGAAAUUAACUGUGGAAGAAAAGGAGCGUUUGCAGAAAGAAGAAAAGCUUUCCAAAGUUGAUGAGAAGAUUAAUCAUGCUGCUGAAGAAUUGAAUGCUUAUCGGCAACGGGCUAAAGAUCUAGAAGAAGAACUGGAAAGAACUGUUCGCUCUUACCAGAACCAGAUUAUGUCACAUGAGAAGAAAGCUCAUGAUAAUUGGCUGACAGCCCGGGCAGCUGAAAGACAACUUAAUGAUAAAAGAAAAGAAAAUUUGGACAGUAGACAAAGAUUAACAGAAGCAGAAUUUAAAUACGAUGUUUUGGGAAAAGAUCCUUAUGCCCUCGAUGUUCCAGUUGGAGCAUUUGGCAGAGAGCAAUCCCCAUAUGGACCCUCACCAAUGGGCAGACCUUCAUCAGAAACAAGAGCUUUUCUUUCCCCCCCAACCUUAUUGGAGGGUCCCUUAAGACUUUCACCUGUGCUUCCAGGUGGAGGAGGAAGAGGUUCAAGAGGACUGGGAAACAUUGGCGCCUAUGAAGUUGGUAAUGAAAGAGGAGAGAUGAAUUCUGAUAGGUUAUCUGAUCCCCGUAGACCACCAUCUGACACUGGAUCUUUGUCACCUCCAUGGGACAGAGAUCACAGGAUAAUUCCCCCUUAUGCAGGUCAGCUGUAUAAUGAGCAAUCUCUUCCUCCUCGACGACCAGAAAGAUUUUAUUCCAAUCCCCCAAAUUCUGGAAGGCUUUCAGGACCAGCAGAACUAAGGAGUUAUAACAUGCAUUCAUUUGAUAAAGCAGAUGGACAAGCAUCUGAAAAUAACUCGAGAAUGGACUUGAGUGGAAAUGGAAUGAAAGAUCAUCCCACUGACAGUAAUAUGCCCAAUAUGUCUGAUCCAUCUCUUGCACCUGAAAGUGAAUCCUUUGGACCGGGAAUUGUGCCUCCGCCACUCCCCUUAUUUAGAGCUCCUCUAAUGCCAAUGGAUUCAAGAGGACCUUAUGUGAGACGAGGCCCUCCAUUUCUACCAGUGCCUCCUAGUGCUGUAUAUGGACCUCGUGAAUAUUUCCCAAGAGAUUUUGCUGGUCUGCCACGUCCUCUACUGCCAAUGAGAGCUCCACUCCCUAUGAGGCCCUUUUCCCAAUAUCCACCUCCAAGGCCUGGAUAUUUUUCGCCGCUGCCACCUGAUAACAGAAAUGAACUGCCUGCUGAGCCAACACAUCUAUCAACUGUUUCUUCUACAGAUCAAGAAUUGCAGCAAGAAACUUGAUUCUAAUUUAAAGCAAUUCUAUCCUUUUCUCUAAACUCAAUUAUUUGCUGUUAAGUAACUGUUGUUACGUAAGCAUUUUAUUAUUGCUCAAAUUGAAGCCUAAUAGAAUAAUUCUCAGGAGAGUGUUCUGUAAAUAAUGGUUUAACUGUGAAUAAAUUGAUCAUCAUUGUACAGCAGCAACUUUUAAAUUAUUUUAAAUUUGCAUAUUAAAUGUAAACCUUAGUCCCAAGUAACUACUUCAGUUGUUUUUGGACACAUCUGGUCUCAUAGAAAAUCAUUGCAUGUGAAGAGAAUACUUGUUGAAAACGGCAGUUGUGAGAAAAAUAUUAAAAGAUUUUAAUAAUUUGUGGUAUUUUGACUAUUUAACAAA